GAUUUCCUCACUAAGGAGCUACAAAAAAUCGCAAGAGCAGUGAAUUACUACAUCGGUCUGAGGGCACAGCUUCUGGGCCAGUGGCAGUGGGUGGACAAGACUCCGUAUAAUGAGAUGGCAGCGUUCUGGCGGAAAGGGGAACCAAGUAAUGUGUCUGCUGAGAUGUGCAGUGGAAUCCAUACCAGUAUCAAUUCAGAAAUACACAACUGGAAUGAUAUCCGAUGCGAGGACCAUUAUCGAAUUUGUGAAGCUGCAGCA